AUAAAACUCUGUAUUCCUCCCUCGGUCUUUUCCUCCCCUGUGGAUUUGCCUAUCUUUUCUCGCCUCCCCAUUUCAAAAUAAAUACAUUAUCGUUAUUAUUUAAUAAAAUGUUGGGUUAGUAUCUUAAUUUUCUUCGACUGGAUAAGUUUCCGACUUCUCUCCCCCUAGGCUUAUCCAAGCAGAUCCGUAGAUUGUGUGAAGAAGAAGUAGAUGGUGAUGAUGGAUACGGACAUGGAGGAGCCGACUGAUUUAAUCACAACGGCGUAUUAAUCAUUAUCAUAAACAGUCGUUUCGAGAAACCCUUUACACGACUUGGCCAUUUAAUCCAUUAUCUACUAUAUCAUCUGACAAUACCGACCGGUAAAUAUUAGUGUAUCACUCUGUUGAAAAAGCCAUACAAUACGAAGAAGUAGAAAGAGAACGCGGAAAAUGUGGAGGAGGCUGUGGUGCGGUGGUGUGUUCAAGCAUAACAUAUGCGCGGCUGUUGGGAGAAGGCACCUCACUUCUUGCCCUCAUUCAUGGAGGUUGUUGGCUGGAUCUUCACCUGCUCCUGCUCAUCCUUCUCCGAUGCCGCUUUGGAGGACUAUUAAGUACUUUUCCGAUCAAUCCGAGUCCAAUAAUGGAGGAGGAGGAGGAGGAGGAGGAGGAGGAGAACUGGAUAACAUAACGUUUAACGAGGCUAAGAAACUGAUGAGACUGGUGAAUGUGGAAGCACUCAAGGUUAAGCUUACCGCGGAGGGGAAGGAAGUCAUUGCCUACCCUGACCUCUUGCAGGCCUGCGAGAGCAUGGGCAUGGCUAGAUCUCUCGAGGAGGCUAUUUCUUUUGCUCGCGUCCUCGAUGAAGCAGGAGUCGUCCUUCUCUUCCGCGACAAGGUCUACCUUCAUCCCGACAAGGUAGUGGAUCUGGUUAGAAGAGCAGUACCCCUUGCCUUGACUGCUGAUGAUGACCCUGUGAGGGAUGAGCUGAAGAUGCUGCAGGAAAGGAAGGAAGAAAUAGAUGUGCUGGCACAUAAGCAGGUUACUCGAAUACUUUGGACCGGGCUGGGGGCGGCUGUGGUACAAGUCUUACUCUUUUUCCGGCUGACUUUCUGGGAAUUCUCAUGGGAUGUGAUGGAACCCGUUGCAUUUUUCACCACAGCCACGGGCAUAGUCAUAGGCUAUGCCUAUUUCCUCUUCACUGCUAGAGAUCCUACUUAUCAAGACCUGAUGAAGAGGCUUUUUCUCUCAAGGCAAAGAAAAAUGUUUAAGAAGCAUAAUUUUGAUGUUAACAGAUUUAAGGAGUUGCAGCAAAAGUGCAAAACACCUCUUGAUGCAACUACUUCCAUUAAAAACCGGGUAGGUCUAGAUCUGGAGCUAGACGACGCCUUACGUCAGGACUGACAUGAUUUCUCUUCGAUUCUUGAUUCUGUCUUAGCAACCAUCCCAGCUCCUGCUGUUUUUGGAGGUGAGCUACAAGUAAAGCUUUUUAUUUUCGGGGGCCACAAGGUUCCCUUCUCUUUUCUUUUGAGUUCUUGAAGCUUGCAACUGCAGCUUCUCCUUAUACAAGAAAGACAUUACUGUUUGUAAUGGAUUUGCAUCCUUCAUUUCUAUUUUUGUUAGAUAGAUACAGCAGCAUAACAAUGAUAAUGUAAUGAAAUGUAUUUCAAGUUAAGGUGUUGAAAGCAUUUAGACUUGGAUUCUAA